AUGGACUCUCGUGGACACCCUCUUACUAUUGCAAAGGUCCGUUAUCUCGCAGAAUGCCUCCUUCGGGCCAACUUGAAGCCAUUCGAAUCGCCUGAAUCCUCCGAACUUGCUUUUAUCAGUGAGCGCUGGGUCCGCCGCUUCAUCAACCGCCACGAGGCUGAAAUCAAGUCAAAAUACUCAAAACGUUACGAUUAUCAACGAGCGAAAUGCGAAGACCCCAAACUUAUAAUGCAAUCGCGAGAAUCGAAUGCUCGAGCGAUUCAACCCGGUAAUCGCGAAUGGGUCACUUCAAUCGUCACGAUCAGUGCAGCAGGAUACGUUCUACCGCCGCAGAUCAUCUUCGCCGGAAAGCUUCAUCAAGAGAAGUGGUUUGAAGCUAUUCCGAAUGACUGGCGGGUCAGCGUGAGCGAGAACGGUUGGACUACUGAUAAACUCGGUUUUGAAUGGCUUCAAUUCUUUGACGAAUAUACGGCUUCCAAAACGAUCGGCCAAUAUCGCCUUUUAAUCCUCGAUGGCCACGGAUCCCAUUCAACAAUUGAAUUCGAUCAAUUUUGCAAGAAACAAGCAUCAUUCCUCUCUACAUGCCUCCGCGUUCAUUUCAUAAACUUCAACCUCUUGAUGUAG